UUUGCAUCUGUCUUUUCUGUCAAUGUCAAUGUUAAUCAACAAUCAUUAUCAAUCGCGCAUGCGCAGUGGUAGUUCGUGCAUUCAGUAAAUUUUAAGGAUCUGCUGUAGGCCUUUCGACUUUAUAUUUAAAAUCUACUCGAUCUACUCAAUAUACUAAUACAGUAAAGAUGCUGUUCACAAAAGUUUUGGGAACUGUAAGGAAUUCCGUAAAGAACGAGGUCUGCAGUCGAAAUAUUGGAAUUCUAGCUCCUUGUCUUCAAAAGGCUUCAGAUCCCAUUCAACAAUUAUUUGUUGAUAAAAUUAGAGAAUACAGACAAAAAAGUAACAGUGGAAAAAGCCUUGUAGAACCUACUGCCGAAUUAGAAAAAGAACUAAAAACUGAACUCGAUAAAGUCGCAAAACAAUAUGGAGGUGGCCAAGGAGUAGAUAUGACCAAAUUCCCAUCUUUCAAAUUUCAAGAUCCUGUCAUUGACCCUAUUAACUUAGAAAAGUAAAUUAUUCCUUAUAUUUUGUUAUUGUGAAAUAGUCAUUAAUAAAACAUUUCUGUUCAUGAAAUAAAUACUAGAUAAUU